UACAUGUGAUAUUUGCGCAUGCGCGAAUCCUUUCUUUCUCUCUCCCUCUGUCGUCCUGAGCGUCGAGCACCAUUGGCCGGCGAAAAUGUCUUCACAUGCCGUAAAAUUGUACUCCAAGGGAGUUGUGCUCGGCUACAAACGUGGCCUUCGCAACCAGCAUGAAAACACUUCCUUGAUCCGUGUGCAAGGCGUGAACGAGAAGAAGGACACAGACUUCUACAUGGGCAAGCGUGUCGCAUACGUUUAUCGUGCGAGCCACAAAAAGCCCGCUGUCAUGAAGCGUGCUCGCAAGGCCAACAAGGUCCGCGUCAUCUGGGGCAAGGUCACUCGCUCGCAUGGAAACAGUGGUGUUGUCCGUGUUCAGUUCAGAAAGAACCUCCCCGGACAGGCCAUUGGCGCAUCAGUCAGAGUUAUGCUCUACCCAUCAAGAGUCUGAGAGGUGCUCCUAAUAAACGUUUUUGAAAAAUGAA